AUGUUUGGGGCCUUUCGACCGUCGCAUGUCAACCUAGGAGGUCUUCUUUGGAAAGUCCCUUGGAAGCUCUCACCCACUAGAAAAGCCAAUGCCCGCGCACGGCUCAAAAAAGUAGACGCAGUCAUCGAGGCGGUCAGAGCGAGUGGAGUGCAGUGCGGCUCUCUGACCCAAGCGUUGCAGCUACCGAAAGAACACGAAAUGCCAGCUCGGGAUAAAUAUACGGUGUUCACACCACACGCACGAGGGUACAGGAAGGGCAUUCAUAAGGUUCCAAAAUGGACAAGGCUGACUCUGAGGACCAACCCGAAAGGCUUCUAA